AUGAAUGGGAGGCGUGGUCCAUCCCUGUGUUGGGAAGCUUCCCCAGAGAAGGAAAUGAUCACCAGAGAGAUUAAGAAAUUACGGAUGGAAAUUCUUCUCCUUAUUCCCACUGCAAGUUGCAGUCAGCAAACACAGAAUAAAUUUUGUCCCUAUUUGGCAAGUUACUAUGCCAUUAAUAGAUGUCAAACUUGGGACAAUUUGACUCUGACUUUUACCAAUCUAAUUACACCAUUGAUAAUCAGGAGCAUACUUGUAAUGAUUUUAAUGCCUGUGGAAAUCUUUAUGGAUCUGGAAAAACUUGGAAUUAAUUUUGAUCACAUAUGGCAAAAAACCUUGACAGUGUUAAACCCAAUGAAGCCAGCAGAUGGCAGCAUUAUGAAUGAAACAGACCUCACUGGGCCGGUCCUGUUCUGUAUGGCUCUAGGAGCCACCCUACUUUUGGCAGGAAAAGCCCAGUUUGGUUACGUGUAUGGCGUGGGCGCCGUUGGCUGCCUAGGUAUUCACGCCUUGCUGAACCUGAUGAGCUCGGCGGGAGUGUCCUGCGGCUGCGUGGCCAGCGUGCUGGGUUCCUGCCUGCUGCCCAUGGUCAUCCUCUCCGGCUGCGCCGUCUUCUUCUCGCUGCGGGGCACCUUCGGAACUGUGUCGGCACUGGUCAUCAUUGGCUGGUGUAGUCUCUCGGCCUCCAAAAUCUUCAUGUCAGCUUUGGCCAUGGAAGGACAGCAGCUUCUCAUUGCCUAUCCUUGCGCCUUACUUUAUGGACUGUUUGCCCUCUUAACAAUUUUCUAA